GGAUACUAUCCUAGAAAAAUGCAGAAUGACGUUUCUGAACCUCAGGAAUUUUCAUAUCUUUGUACUGUGAAGGGUCAUUUGCUUUUUAGAGAUAAAAUAGGGGUGAGGAUGGUUGAACUUCACCUUGAUGAUAUUGUUAAGGUUGAUCGAGUGGACGCAGAUGGCAAAAAAUAUGAUAAAGUUUCUCGCAUUGAAGCACAGAGUGAGGAGGAUGACAUGUACAUGCAGCUAGAUGUGAACUCGGAUUUAUAUCCUAUGCAUAUAGGGGAGAAAUAUAGAAUGGUUUUAGCUCAAACUCUGAAUUUGGAUGGAUCAGCUGUUACUAGCUAUUUCCCUGAGGGAAAAGGGGAACUGGGUGAUAAAAUUAUUUAUUUGUCUGGUUUUUGGGGAACUCUCCUUCUCCUUCUGAGAUGGGAGUAG